CAGUCUUGGUGUAUUGCAAUCACAGCCAAAAGUUCAUAGCGAAUUCUCAUCAACUCAUCCACUCCCCAUCAACCCCUCAUUCUACUCACUAUGGCGGACAAGGGCUCCGUUUUCCUCCUUGGCCCAGGUUUCAUUGGGCUCGAAAUCCUAGGAGAGCUCCUUCGUGAAGGGUACCAGGUAACAAUACUGGUUCGAAGAGAGGAAGCAAGGGCAGAUCUUGAAAAGCUCGGAUCCAAAACUAUACUUGGAUCGCUAGACGAUGGCGACACUAUCCGCGAAGCAGCUGCCGCUGCCGAUAUCGUUAUACACACUGCAACAGCUGACCAUAAACCAUCAGCUGUUUCUAUCCUCGACGGUAUCGGAGCGCGUGCCAAGACUGGAAAAAGCUCUAUCUACAUCCAUACUAGCGGCUGUAGUCUCAUCACUGACGAUUCCAACGGUGAAUAUGUCAGUGAGAAGAUAUAUGAGGACGACAAGCCAGAAACGGUUGAUAGCGUAGCUGACGACGCACCACAUCGGUCCAUUGACCUAGCCAUCCUCAAGCGUCGCGACGCCCUUGGAGCCAAAGCUAAGAUCUCGAUUGUGCUUCCGCCCGUAAUCUAUGGGGUUGGUAAGGAACACCGCCUAUCGAUCCAGAUCCCAACAAUGGUUCGAUUCGCGCUCAAGCACGGCUACGCCGGUUUUGCUGGAAAAGGCAAAUCAGUCUGGGGUCAAAUUCACGUCUCUGAUCUGGCAAGGGGUUACAUGACCAUCCUGCAUUAUAUGGAAUCCACGUCUGGGGAGAAGGUCCUCGAGAACCCAUAUUUCUUCAUCGAGAACGGAGAUGAAUAUUCAUGGAAGAGAUGUGCCGAGGAGAUUGGGAAGGCGCUUCAGCAGGGAGGCAAAAUCCAAGAUCCAACACCGAGGGAGAUUUCAAGUGAUCUCUAUAGUGAUCUUUUUCAAGAGUGGUCCGUUGCAGUCAUUGGGCAAAAUGCAAGGAAUCGCGCCAACAGAUUGCGCGCUCUUGGGUGGAAGCCCCAAGAGAAGUCGACUUUCGAAUCUUUGUUAUCGGAAGAGUUACCCAUUAUACUAGCUGAAAAGGGCGAUUUCAAAGGCUACGGAGCAGCAGUUGCUUCUUAAUUGUUCUGUAUCCCGCUUAAUUGCGUUUAGAAUGGCACUGCUGAAAGUAAAUACAAAGAAUCCUAUUCUU